AUGGCACCCAAACCUGCCGGUUCCAUUUGUGAAAGCGGAAGCCGUGCUAAAGCUAGCAGUGUUCAGGAUUGCAUGACUCUGUACAGCUCAGUCGAAGACGGAGGCGAAGGAGGACCGGCCUGUUUCCACAGGAUCAUCCUUAUAGUCAGCGGCCUGAAAUGCGGGUGCUGCGAGUCCGGACUCGCGAAGGCUCUCUCGCAUAUUCCAGCAAUCAGGAACCAUACGGUGAACAUCGUGUUGGCGAGAGUGGAGUUUGAUCUGAAUACCAGCGAGCUAUCGAUUCAAGACGUAAUAUCCCGAUUGCACAAAGACACUGGAUACACCUUCGAACAACUGGAGCAGCCGGAUGGCCAAAUCUUGGAACUUCAGGCCAGCGACCCUUGGGACAUAUACGGUGCAGCGAAGCCUUUCGGUGUCACAUGGCUAGAAUCAAGAGACAAGAAGACUUGGACCCCUGCUGCCCUAUUGAACGGAAGAAGCAGUACAGCACCUGGAGAAUUGGAUAACACCGAACGAGGCCAGCAAGUGGGACCCAUCAGUCAGGAAAAACGCAGUGGAGCAAGUCUUUUCAUGCACACGAUACGAGUGCAUUAUGACGCAAAACAAAUCGGCGCUCGGGAAGUCUUCGAAUACUACAAGGGCAUCUGCCAUAAUGGAGAUCUGCAACUGGCCUCGAUAGGAUCGCAUCCAAGCUUAUCAGUUGGAUUCUAUCAAACUAAACGUGCUAGCCUAAUGUUCCUUGUUUCUCUGGCUUUUACGCUUCCUAUUCUGGUCUUUGCAUGGGCGCCAGUGGGACACGACAAUCGAGGUUACGCUCACGCAUCCCUCGCACUAGCAACCAUUGUACAAGCAAUAGCCACUAGAGAAUUUGUACCUGGCGCAUUACAGUCCCUGGUACACUCCGGCCUUUUCGAAAUGGAUUUUCUGAUUGCGGUGAGCACGACAACAGCAUACGUGUUCAGUGUCGUCUCGUAUGUUUUCUUGAUAAAGGAGCGCCCUCUUGAGACGGGAUCCUUUUUCGAAACCUCUACGUUACUGGUUACUUUGAUACUCCUCGGACGCGCCGUGAACGAAUUCGCGCGAUUCAGGGCCGCAAAGUCGGUGUCAAUACGGUCAUUGCAGACCAACGAGGCUUUGCUCGUUAUCUCAGAAGGACCUCUUGGACCAGGCGUAGUUACGCGGAAGAUCGAUGCACGGCUACUUCAAUAUGGGGAUUAUUUCAAAGUCCCAUCGCACACCAGAAUAGUCACGGACGGCAGGGUAGUCUAUGGAGGUUCUGAAGUCGACGAGUCAAUGAUCACCGGGGAGUCGUUGCCCGUAGCAAAAGGUCUGCGCCACCAAGUCCACGCCGGUACGAUGAACGGAGCAGGCCAGCUUGUGGUUGAGCUGACGAAACUACCCCAUGAAAACUCUAUCAGCAGGAUUGCCACUAUGGUUGAAAAUGCGGAGCUUUCGAAGCCCAAGGUUCAAGCUCUGGCGGACAAAAUCGCUGGUCAUUUCGUACCUGCGAUUGGCAUCAUCGGCAUCCUCGUAUUCCUAAUCUGGCUUUUUGUCGAUCGAUACCACAACAACCGUCGAUGGGCGGAUGCUGUAGUCAGAGCGUUGACCUAUGCUAUUGCUACCCUCAUUGUCUCCUGUCCUUGCGCAAUCGGACUGGCUGUUCCGAUGGUUGUUCUCAUAGCAGGCGGAACGUCCGCUCGGUUCGGCAUUAUAUUCCGAGAUCCACAAAAGCUCGAGGUUGCUAGAAAUACAACAGAUAUCGUCUUCGACAAGACGGGUACGCUGACCAAGGGUCAGCUCGCAGUGGUGGAUUACGAUGGCACUGGUUCGAGAGAUAUCAAGAGCAUGAUCAUGGGUCUAUUGGAAGGCGAUAAACACCCAGUCGCUGCUGCGGUCAUCCAUUGGAUGGAAGAAGAUCAAAAGAACAAAGGCGAAAAUAUCGUCCCAGCCAAGAUGUUGGAUAUUCAAAGCGAACCGGGCAACGGCGUCAGGGGAAAGCCAGAGGGGAGACUGGUUGAAGUCCGUGCUGGCAAUCCUCAAUGGUUGGGUGUCUCCGUAUUGGAAUCGCAACAUACCCUCCUCUGUGUCACUGUUGCGGGAGUAUUGUGCGCGACUUUUCGGCUCGAGGACCGCCCUCGCGCAGGGACAGACGAAGUUGUACGUCUGCUACAAGCUCGCAAUAUUCGAGUUCACAUGAUCAGUGGAGACGGAGAAGGACCCGUCAACGCGAUUGCACAUACGCUCAACAUACCCAAGGCUCAUACUCGAUGGCGAUGCAAGCCAGAGGACAAGCAACGCUAUGUCCACGAGUUGCAGAAAGACGGCCGGGUUGUUUGUUUCUGUGGAGACGGGACGAACGACUCUGCUGCCCUGAAGCAAGCGGACGUGGGAGUACACAUGAAUCAAGGCACUGAUGUGGCCAAGAGUGCGUCGGAUGUCGUCCUCAUGACGACGCGUUUGCACGACGUGCUCAUACUCCUCGACAUAUCCAAAGCGGCGUACAGACGGAUCAUUGCGAAUUUCAGCUGGGCCGCGAUAUACAACGUUGUGGCCAUUCUGAUGGCUUCUGGUGCGUUCGUCAAGGUGAGAAUUGCACCAGCGUAUGCGGGAUUGGGAGAAUUGGUUAGCGUUUUGCCUGUGCUGCUUAUUGCUUUUCAGAUGAAAUGGCGGGAUUAUGGGAGGAAGUACAGAGCUAAGGAGAGUCGAUGACUGGAUGAUGCGUGGUGUUUCAGAGAUAAUAUCUGGUGGGAGGGAUUUCAUUUUUGGGUUCGCAUUACUUCUUUUGGACAUUGGAUUAUCCGCAUCGGAAGAUCAGCGAAUGGAGGAUCGCUUUGAAAUUAGUGUCAGG